AUGGAGACUGAGGCGCGCUGUCCGAGUCUCAAGAAGAGGAAGCUAGCGGCGCCCAAGAGCCACGGAGUGCCGCCGGCACCGGAGGCUACGGGGGCGCCCGGUUCCGAGCCGCAUCCCCCCGCCCACGAUCAGCAACCGCCGCCCGGAGACGCCGCCGACCGCAUCAGCGACCUCGCCGACGCGAUACUCGGCGAGAUCGUCUCGCUCCUCCCCACCAAGCAAGCCGUGCGCACCCAGAUCCUCUCACCGCGGUGGCGCCACAUCUGGAGCUCCGCGCCUCUCAACCUCGACUGCGAGGGUCUCCUCCCCGCCGACGCCGACGAGGACGUCCUCGCCGGCCUUGUUUCCAACAUCGUUUCCGUCCACCCGGGCCCCGGCCGCCGCUUCUGCGUUCCCUCCUGCUUCCUCCGCGACCGAGCGGCCGCGGUCGACGCCUGGCUCCGGUCCCCCGCCCUGGACAGCCUCCAGGAGCUUGAGUUCUGGUUCAAGUCGUACUACAGGCCGCAGCCGCUGCAGCAGCCGCCGCCGUCGUCCACGUUCCGCUUCCCAGCCACUCUCCGUGUUCUCACCGUCGGAAAUUGCAACCUCCCGGGCAGCACCGUGCAAGAGCUUCAGUUCCCCCUGCUUAAGCAUCUCGGGCUUGAGCUUGUCAGCAUCUCAGAGUGCACGCUGCAUGGCCUGAUCAACGCUUGCCCCGCUCUGGAGUGCUUGCUGAUUAGCCACGGAUUCGGCUUUCGCUGCCUCAAGAUCAACUCCCUUACCCUCAGAAGCGUCUGUGUCAAAAACUAUCGGUUGUGCAAUGACCAGUUGCAGGAACUCAUUGUCGAGAAUGCCCCUUGUCUUCAGAGGCUGCUCCAUGAUGAUUUCGACUAUGGUCUGCAUGUAUCGGUAGUCUCCGCGCCUAAACUGGAGACCUUAGGCUGCCUCUCUGAUGGGUUUUACAUCUCCGGACAGGAUGACCUCUCCAGAAUUGUGUUUGGCUCCACUGUUAUUCAGGGAUUGCGUGUUGAUAAACUGACAACGGUGGUGCACACUGUCAAGAUAUUAUUUGUUACUAUGAAGACACUUAGUCUGGAUUCAGUUAUUGGGUUGAUGAGAUGCUUUCCGUCCUUGGAGAAGGUGUACAUUGAGCCAUACACAAGAAAGGAGAAUAAUGAGUGGCGUCGGAAACACUGGAGUCUCAUCACAUGUCUUGACAUCCGCCUGAAGGAAAUAGUACUUGAUCCAUAUCUAGGCACCAAGUCUAACAUUAACUUCGCCUCGUUAUUUGUAAUGAAAGCUAGAGUGCUAGAGUUAAUGACCUUUAUGCUUGAACCCAGGGAUUACAAUGGCAAGUUCUUGGCGGAACAACGUAGGAAGCUUCAGUUAGAGAAGAGGGCUUCACGAGGUGCCCAGUUUCACUUUACAACUGAUAGAUCUGUCCGUCGUGUUAGCGAUAUGCAUCAUGUCCGUGAUUUAGAUUUAAUUGAUCCAUUUGUAUGUUGUUGAUGUUGAAACCGGCAUUGGUUUAUUCUUCCCUAUUGA